CCCUUCCUCCAGGGUGUGGAAAGUACUCCAGCAUCAGUCAACAGACGAGCAGCGGUGAAGGAAGAAGAACGUUAUUCGAAAGAUCGGGCUCAAUCCAUUCAUCCAUCUCUUCAAACUUUUUUUUUCCUCAUCAAAAUUGAGAGCCAACGCUUCGAGGAGGUGGGGGGCCACUUCGGUAAUCGAUGGCCUUUUCCUUCCAUCAAAAUGACGGACUCCAAACAGUGCGACAACGAUCACGUCAAGAGACCGAUGAAUGCUUUCAUGGUGUGGUCAAGAGCCCAGCGACGUAAGAUGGCCCAAGAAAAUCCAAAAAUGCACAAUUCCGAAAUCAGCAAAAGACUGGGCGCUGAAUGGAAACUACUGACGGAGCCUGAGAAACGUCCGUUUAUAGACGAGGCGAAGAGACUACGAGCGGUGCACAUGCGAGAGCAUCCCGACUACAAAUACAGACCCAGGCGGAAACCGAAGCCACCUUCACCCAAGAAAGACUCAUUUUUCCCGCUCGAUCCUAGGAUCAUGCUGCGUCCAUUGGAGAGUGAAAAAGCACUGACAGCAAGGACUUUUCAAUAUCCCCCUCCAGACCCUGCUGGCUAUGUUUACGGCCCAUCCUUUGGAGAACAUUUGAAAAAAAUGGGAGAGUUUUCGACCAGUUCCUAUAUGGGCACCCCACCGAGCAUCUAUCCGGAUUCACCUUUCCCCCCUACUUUCCCCAGUUUUGUUUAUCCAGGAGCCUAUAGAUCCUUCGGUGCCUAUCCUCCUUGUUUUCCGGGACAUCCUCAGGACUUUAUUCAUUCCUAUCCUUACUACCACCUCCUGAAACAGGAGAGACCGUUGGUCAUCACUCCUCCUUCGUCCUCACCACCUGUCAUCACUACACCCCCCUCACCCUAGGUGAGAUUAUUUAUUUUCAAAUUGAUUACUAGUUCCUUUUGUAUUGUAUAAUAACUGUAAAUAGUGAUUACAUGUUAAGCUAUUUCACUAUUUGUUUAUUUUUGCAAUUACUUCAAUUUAGUUUUUUAAUCGA